CCCCUUCCCUUUUUCCAUCCCUUUCCCCCUCUCCCUCCCCUUCUUCCUCUUCCUCCCCUUCUCCCUCCAAUGCUGUCCAAGAGCAGAAUGAGAGGAGCCCAUCCUUGAACUCAGAGCAAGAGCAGCAAGAACUUGGCAGCACCCAUCUAACAAGCUUCCUGCAAGCACAAGAACCAACCCCAGUGAGCAGCCAUGAACAGGAAGCCUGUUCUCCUGAGAUGAGCCCAUCAGCAAUCUCCUCCCAACAGGACCGAGGGAGCAUUUUCGAGGAGUCAUCCUUGAUGCCGAUCCAGCCCAUUCGCAUGUCUGGACAGAGUCACAAGGAUGUUGAGGUCAGUUUGCUCAGUAAACUCAAUCAAGAAGAUAGAGUCUUCCAGGUGAAUGUGACCACUCCCAUCAAAAUCCCAACCUUGCCUGCUGAAAACUCCUCCUUGGAACUAAAGGUCCAGAUUCAAGUUGAGGUAGUCCAGUCAGACCAAGAGAACAAUCUGCCUGGUGAUUUCCCAGCCUGGGGGGAACCCCAUGAGCAGAGUUCCUCCCUGCAGCACACCUUGAUGCCUGAGAAUGGUGCUCUAACUGCAACCCAGAACUCAGGAGCCCAGGCCAGAAAUAUGCCAUUAUCAUCGGUCCAAAGGCCAGCUGAGGAACCCCAGCAUCAUGAGGAUUGGGGGGCCCAGCCAGUCUUGCCGUUAUCUGCACUUUCUGAGAGGAAACCAGUGGCCCUGGACAGCACUCUCCAAGAACUUCAGCCAGAGAAAAAGGUAUUGCUUCCAUUCACACUGCCUAAGACUCCUUCCUGCCUGGAGGACUCUUGCCCAGAAGACCAACAGAAAACCACCUCACUGGGACUGGUUCCUCUAGUCAGCAACUCCCAGGCCUCUCAAUCCGCCUCUUCAACUACUCUGUGUCCCCAUUGCCAAAUAUUACCUUCAAGCACUAAGGAGAACAUGGAGAAUAAUCUCCAGGAGCCGACCAGUGGUUACCAGCUGGCCAGUGACCAACCGACCCCCAGAAAAUAUGUCCGAUUUAGUAUCCCAGAGACCACAAUACACAUCUCUGUGACCAGAGAAAAUGAGAAUCAACCUGUCCGUAAGGCAGGAGUGGAAUUAGUGCCCUCUACCAAAUGCAGCUUGGAGCCUCUGGCGAAGAAUGAUUCCCAGGUACCAAGUCUGAGAAAUAACCCAGAAAAGAUCCCAGUUCAUGGAAAACAGCCAGUGGAGGGUGAUGAGCAGCUAGACCCCAAGAGGAAACUCCUUUUGAGCAUCCCAGAGACCAGAGGUCCUCCCUCCACAGCCAGCGAGGAGGAGGAGGAAACGCGACCUUUCUUUAAGGCAAGAAAGACACUAGUGCCCUCUGCCAAAGGCAGCAUGGAGUCUCUGGUGAAGAAUAAUCCCCAAUUGCCAACUCCAAGAAAUAACCCAGAGAAGAUGCCAGUUUAUGGAAAACAGACAGUGGAGAGUGAUGACCCAACCCCAAAGAAGAAGCUUCUUUUGAGUGUCCCAGAGACCAGAGAUCACACCUCCACAGCCAGUGAGGAGGAGAAGGAAACACGACGUGUCUUUAAGGCAAAAAAGACACUAGUGCCCGCUGCCAAAGGCAGCAUGGAGUCUCUGGCGAAGAAUAAUCCCCAAUUGCCAACUCCAAGAAAUAACCCAGAGAAGAUCCCAGUUAAUGGAAAACAGCCAGUGGAGGGUGAUGGGCAGCUGGACCCCAAGAGGAAACUCCUUUUGAGCAUCCCGGGGACCAGAGGUCCUCCCUCCACAGCCAGCAAGAAAGAGGAGGAAAUGCAACCUGCCUUUAAGGCAAGAAAGACACUCAUGCCCUCUGCCAAAUGCAGCAAGGAUUCGCUAGCGAAGAAUAAUCCCCAAUUGCCAAAUCCAAGAAAUAACCCAGAGAAGAUCCCAGUUCAUGGAAAACAGUCAGUAGAGGGUGAUGAGCAACUGGACCCCAAGAAGAAGCUUCUUUUGAGUGUCCUGGACACCAGAGAUCCCACCUCCACAGCCAAUGAGGAGGAAACUCGACCUAUCUCUAAGACAAGGAAGACACUCCUACCCUCUGCCAAACGCAGCCCUGAGCCUCAGGUGAAGAACAGCUCCCGGAUGCCUAUUCCAAAAGAUAAGCCAGAGAAGAUCCCAGUUGACAGAAAACAACCAGUGAAGGAUGAAGACCAGCUGAGCACUUGGAAGAAGUUCCUCUGGGGUGUCCCAGAAACCGGACGCCAGCCCUUCACAGCCAGCAAGAAGGACGAUAAAACUCAACCUGUCUCUAAGGCAAGAAAAUCACUUGUGCCCUCUGCCCAACGCAGCACUGAGCCUCAGGCGAAGAACAAGCCCCAGGUGUCUAUUCCAAAAGAUAAGCCGGAGAAGAACCCAGUUGACAGAAAACAGCCAGUGGAGGGUGAAGACCAGCUGAACACUUGGGAGAAGUUCCUUUGGGGUGUCCCAGAAACCGGACGCCACACCUCCACUCCCUGCAAGAAGAAGGAUAAAACUCAACCUGUCUCUAAGGCAAGAAAGACACUUGUGCCCUCUGCCAAAUGCAGCAUUGAGCCUCAGGUGAAGAACAGCCCCCAGGUGUCUAUUCCAAAAGAUAAGCCGGAGAAGAUCCCAGUUGACAGAAAACAGCCAGUGGAGGGUGAAGACCAGCUGAACACUUGGGAGAAGUUCCUUUGGGGUGUCCCAGAAACUGGACGUCACACCUCCACUCCCUGCAAGAAGAAGGAUAAAACUCAACCUGUCUCUAAGGCAAGAAAGACACUCGUGCCCUCUGCCCAACGCAGCACUGAGCCUCAGGCGAAGAACAGCCCCCAGGUACCUAUUCCAAAAGAUAAGCAAGAGAAGAUCCCAGUUGACAGAAAACAGCCAGUGAAGGAUGAAGACCAGCUGAGCACUUGGAAGAAGUUCCUCUGGGGUGUCCCAGAAACUGGACACCAACCCUCCACAGCCAGCAAGAAGGAUGAUAAAACUCAACCUGUCUCUAAGGCAAGAAAGACACUCGUGCCCUCUGCCCAACGCAGCACUGAGCCUCGGGCGAAGAACAAGCCCCAGGUGUCUAUUCCAAAAGAUAAGCCGGAGAAGAACCCAGUUGACAGAAAACAGCCAGUGGAGGGUGAAGACCAGCUGAACACUUGGGAGAAGUUCCUUUGGGGUGUCCCAGAAACCGGACGCCACACCUCCACUCCCUGCAAGAAGAAGGAUAAAACUCAACCUGUCUCUAAGGCAAGAAAGACACUUGUGCCCUCUGCCAAACGCAGCAUUGAGCCUCAGGUGAAGAACAGCCCCCAGGUGUCUAUUCCAAAAGAUAAGCCGGAGAAGAUCCCAGUUGACAGAAAACAGCCAGUGGAGGGUGAAGACCAGCUGAACACUUGGGAGAAGUUCCUUUGGGGUGUCCCAGAAACUGGACGUCACACCUCCACUCCCUGCAAGAAGAAGGAUAAAACUCAACCUGUCUCUAAGGCAAGAAAGACACUCGUGCCCUCUGCCCAACGCAGCACUGAGCCUCAGGCGAAGAACAGCCCCCAGGUACCUAUUCCAAAAGAUAAGCAAGAGAAGAUCCCAGUUGACAGAAAACAGCCAGUGAAGGAUGAAGACCAGCUGAGCACUUGGAAGAAGUUCCUCUGGGGUGUCCCAGAAACCGAACGCCAACCCUCCACAGCCAGCAAGGACGAUAAAACUCAACCUGUCUCUAAGGCAAGAAAGACACUCGUGCCCUCUGCCCAAUGCAGCACUGAGCCUCAGGCGAAGAACAAGCCCCAGGUGUCUAUUCCAAAAGAUAAGCUGGAGAAAAGGCCAAUCUACAGAAAACAGCCCGUGGAGAGGUUUGACCAGCCUCCCCCCAAGAAGAAACGCCUGUUGAGUGUCCCAGAAACCAAAAGUAGCUCCCCCACAGCCAGCAAGAAAAAAGGGGAGACUCGACCUGUCCCUAAUGGGAGAGAGUUGCUGGUUCCCUCUGCCAAGUGCAGCACUGAGCCUCAGGCAAAGAAUGAUUCCCCAGUGUCCAUUUGGAAAUUUAACCCAGAGAUGAUGCCAGUCUAUAAAACACAGCCCUUGGUGUAUAGUGACCGCCCGCACUCCUGGAAGAAGCUCCUACUGAUUAUCCCAGAGACCACCGGCAACACCCCCACAGCCAGCGAAAAGGAGGAGGAGACUCAACCUGCCUCUAAGGAUGACAGUGCCCAGCCAGCAACCACCCAUCACAGCCACCACCACACAGAGCUGGAUGCCGAUGCCACUCCGGACCUGAACGGACACCGGAAGGCGAAUAUGUGAACGGGCCAGGAGCAAAUGUCAGUCGGCUGAACCUCCAGAGAUCUCACUGGUUGAAGGACCAGUCACCUCCAGUCUAAUUUCUGGAGGUGAGGAGAAGGGUACUGCCUUCCCCUGGCCCUGCUGAGGAGGAGGAGGAGCAUGUAUCGUCCCGGAGUUUAGAGGCAGUAAGGCCAUAUAGCUGGUAGCUCUGUUUAAUUUAUUCUUUUUCAAUUUAAUUUUGUUUCCCGGUUAAUUAUUAAAAAUUGU